UUACGUAACACAUCAGUGUUAAACGGAGGUGAGGCGUAAAAAACGGUUGAGUCGCAACAGUCUGGAUGCAUGUCGUUAUGUUCGUCGAAAGCAACUGGGAGGAUUUCUCUGUCCUCCGCUUGGCUUGUUAAUUUUUGAAAGUAAUGAAAGAGAGAAAAGAGAGAGCAGCGUCACUGCACGGAUCUCCGAAUGUUACGAACGUCCACGUUGAAGUCUGACCCUAAAAGAACGUUGCCUCCUUCACCUUUCACAUCAACGGAGGACAAUUAUGUCUUUUGCAUGGAUCAAUGGACAGUACCAACAGGUUGGACUACCUUCACAAUCUACACAGGCUGCUUCUCAGUUUAGCCAUGACACAAUGAGGAAUCAACAAACUGGUACUGCAAAUACGUCAAACCAGUAUAUGACGGCACAAACAGGAGUCCGACCCCCACAAAUUGCUAAAUUCACUCACCACUAUGGAGCAAACUCUAAAAUACAGCCAUCAAAUUGGCAGACCUCAGCAGUUCCUCAUCAGGUAGUUUCUUUUCAGCAGACAGCUGGAGGGAACAAUUAUCUGCAACACUCGCCUACUAAUUUGCAAAGUGGAAACCCUAGUUUGCAGGCCACUUAUGGACUUCAGCUACAUUUUCAUCAGAACUCUGCGCAGAAUUCAUCGACCCAGAGUCCACCCAACGUGACGCUAGCAAACAUUGUAUACUCACAGCAAGACAUCGCGGCAAAUUGGAACCAAUCAGUUGGAGUUCAUGGAAAACAACCAGUAAGGACACAGAAUGCUAAUAUUGUGUCUGAUCGCCAUCAUUGUAGGGAUCAGAAUAGUUACAACAUAAAUGGAGAGUCGAUUAAACCUGUUCCUUCAACAGCUACCUCGCCUCAAGAUGGAGAGGUGGCUUACAUUGGCACAUUGUGGCCUGCUGCUGCACACCAGAGACCGACUGCUCAGAAUGACAAUCGCAGACAAAACGGUACUCCGCAUGGCUUCACCCCACCAAGUUAUAAUGAGGCUAUCGCUCAGUCUUUCAGAAACGACAGCAAAACAACAAACUCAUCAUCAAGUGGACACAAUUUUUGCGUUUCCAGCACGGGUCACAUUUCUCCACAGUACUCAACACAUACCAAUGGGGGAGAGGCCACCUCUUCCAUUAACUCAAAUUCAUAUAACGGGCAGUAUGAACCCAACCUUUCCUUGUCAAAGCCAAAUGAUUCUCCCUUAACUCCUGCUGUUGGUGCACUACAGGAAAUGCUCAGAUGCCAAAAUAUCGCAAGAAUAGAGGACUAUCUACGUACGCCGUUCACUGCUGGCUCAGAUGGCCGACCUCAAGUGUAUAUUCGUUCACCUUCCGGACGAAAGCAAAAUAUGCAACCUGUGAUGUCAACUGUCACUGAAAUAUGUAAUGCAAAUGCUGCCCAGUCCACACCACAAAAUUCUGGACAUUCUUUGCCUAAAACAGCUCACAGCGUAAAUGUGCCACCUCAGCAAAGCGGUGUAACAAAUGUCUUCGCAACACGAGAUGGAAUUGGAUAUGUAAGUCAGGCAGCAUUUUUUCCUGAAAACAUGAGAUCUUUAAGUGAUGCACCUCAACUGAUGAGGUUGCUUGAUGGCAUUACACCACGGAGAAAUGAGAAACAAUCGUCUGUAGCAAACAAUUGUGAAAGGCUUGAAAUGCUAUCAGUGAAGGCAAAUGACUGCUCCCUUCACUCAUCUCCUGCUUGCAGAGCUGUUGCUGUUGUGCAACCACUGUCACAGAAAAGCUACCAGGUCGCCAGCAAACAGACCAGUUCUAACCCCAUCAGUCAGUUGUCUGAGGCCACCGCAACAGAUGAAUCUUUGAGUAACCCUGAGAAAUUAUUUAUGUCACCAAAAAACCAGCAGAUUGGGUCUCUGAAAGUGGGACCUUAUCUUCACCCAGAAAACCCAAACCAAAUGAGGUCCAACAAAUAUGCAAAUUGGCAUUUAGCAGCAUCCAAUGAUGGUACUUUUGUGUCAUCGUCCUCUUCCGCUGGGCCCCAAGACUUGCUGCAAAAACAGUUGUGUACAGUUGAAGCAAGAUCUAAAGUGGAUAUUGACACUCGAGUACACCAGCGUGUUGCACCAACUGCUCAACAAUCAGUAGCCUUCAAAGUGCCAGUGAGCCAAAAUGGUGAUAAGGACAAAAGUGAGAUGCCAAUAGAUACAAAGAGGGUUUUAGAGCUUUCCUCAGUCCCAACAACACCAUGGACACCAGUCGCAUUAACUAAGUACAUACAGGAUACUGAAAAAGCUCAGAUGGAGUUAAAGGAUUUUACAAUGUGUGGUGCUAUAUACAAAUUAUUGACCAUGUUUUGGGAUGGCGACCCUGAAAGCUUGAAAUAUGCACUCAAGACAGGAAUGUACAAUACUUUAAUGGCUGAUGUAAAACAAUUCUGCAACGAACAUGUAACGCUAAAGUCUGAAAUUCUGUCACAGGUUAAGAGCUGCUUUGGGAAGCAUCUCAAAAGCUACCAUGUCCUCAAAGAUAAGGAAGUUUAUUCAGAAUUGCCCUACAAGUCAUCAUGGUUGAAUGUCAAUGAGCAGCUUGAUGACAUCGACAAAGAGUUUGACUUCCCGCAAUCUCUGAAGCAUCAUCUUCUUCGGCUCAAGAGUGACAGUCAGCCAGAUCAGGUCGAGACAGACGACAGCAUUUCUGCACAAAGUGUAAAUGAGGUGUCAAACAAGAUGUUGUCAUCAACGGAGCUUAAACAAGUUGACCCAAGUGAAGAAAAACACGACGACUCUGUUGAAGCAACGGAGCUUAAACAAGUUGACCCAAGUGAAGAAAAACACGACUCCUCUGUUGAAGCAACUUCAACACAAACUGCCUCUCCUAAUAAAACGGAGAGCGCUGAUUCCAGUGACCCAUACUCAUUUAAAAUCCAAGUUUUUCCUCCAGAAGAUGCCAAAGUUAUCUUUGAGCAAGCACAAAGCAACCUGCCAAGUAUGGACAUGGACUAUCAGCCAGAAAGAGCCUUGAAUAGCACUGUGGAGGGUGAGCUACCUAAGGUUAUCGAUGCCACAUUGAGUAACUCAAAACUGGAGAACAAGACAUUCUGUCCAAUAGAAGAGGUUUGCUGCAUUGAAAUGUGGAAGGAAACUAUUUUGGGGACAAACCCAUCAUCUCUGAGUAAAUGCCAAUGCAAUAUCGAGCAAAGUCAUAAAGAUAUCACUGCAAAGACCCUUGACAAGGAAGUGAUGGCAGUACAGGAGAAAGAUACGUUCAGGUCUGACAGUAAAUUCCACUCUGCUACAGAAGGAGAAAAUCAAACGAAGGGUGGGGAGAGCGUCAACACAUUUCAUUGGCCUGAGAUAUUCAAUGUAUUCAGUUACAACUUUGACUUUCCUGAAGAUGAUGACCCACAUUCUGACAAUGACCCAAAGAACAUUGACCAGAUAAGCAUAAAUAGUAGCCAGUCAAGCAUCAUAUUCAUAAGUGAUGACGAAGAACAUCUGCCCAGCAGUGAAAGUGAAAUUCUCAACCAAAUGCCAGACUUUGAAAAUGAUUCUGAACAAGCUACGGUGAAAUUGACAGAAAGUGGUCAGUCAGGCAGUUCAGGCCAGAAAGAGACCAAUAAAAUCUCCAGAAAUGACACUGAAAUUCAGUCAGAACCUGAAGUUGAAUGUGUACCGGAUCAGUUGAAAUCUACAGGAAAUAUGCAGCCAUGUACUUCGGGUGGAAGUGACAAAAAAACUGUGGCCAGCCAGACGACAGACCUCGAUGAAAAUUUGGGACAAGUUCAAUUGACGUCUACGAAUGUGGCUGAGUCAUCAUUGAAAACUGAAGAAGAACAAACUCAAAUUAGUGCGACAGGUGUCCGCCAGAAAACUUGGAGUGGUAAACGAAAGAGAUCAAGUUGUCCUGAUAGAUUUUUACCAGUCUUGAAGAAACCAAAGAAAUGCAAAUCCCUUGUUGAUGUGAACUCCAAGCCUAUCCUGGAGAGUGCUUCAAAAUGUGGCACGGUUUGUGUUCAUGCAACUGAUGGCAAACCUUCAGCCUCGAACUGUAGAACUGUAGAACUGGUUCUGUUUGGCUCAACACAAGACAAGUGUGUUUUACUUGGCAGUAGAACGAACCAUAUCUCCCCUCCAGAGGCUGCCUCUGAUGCAGAACUAAGGCCUCCAAAAGUUCUCACUGUGAAUAUCAGUCCCUUGAAGAGAGAGCACAGUUUUAAUGGUCUAACAUGGAAAUAUUCAGUCAAACGGCUUUGCAAAAAAUGGAAGAUUCGUUUUCCACCAGCUAAAAUCAGGCCUGGAAGCAAACUAAAAGCACAGAAGUGUACUUUUGCCUCUUCAGCUAAGUGGAGUCACAAGAAAGCUGGUACGAUUGGCCCUGCCGAAACUGAAGAGCUGCCAGUUUCCUCUGAAAUGAGGAUCUUAAGAAGAAAAACUAAGCGCUGCACGAGUCUUAGUUGGAGAAGGUCACUCACUGAAGAACUCGAAUGUGAAGAGGAGAAGACGGAGAAACGCACCGUCAUGCUCAACCAGCCUGCUGAUCAGGAGAGAAAUAACGAUGAAAAUGGAAGAAAUGCCAACGAUGCCCUGAAGUUCACCGUCUUACCCGUUUCCUUUAACUUUGGAUCCAAUGGGAUAAAGGAAACCAAGGAUCCUGUUCCAGGAAAGCCUGAUCUUGUUGAAGGAAAGGACAACAGCCACAACAAAGCUGUCAUGGAAAGAGGUUCAUGGUAUCCAAUUGCUGAGAACGAGCGAUCAUUUUCCCCUGCCACCCCCAAGACCUACAGCCUCUUCCAUAUGUUUCAGAAGAAAUACAUGAAGACGAUUCAGCCAAAUGUGGAUAAAUAACAUGACGGAUGGAAGUUUGUUGGCAAUUUCAUUUGAUAAAUUUGCCUCCAAGAUUGUUACAGAAUCUUUGUAUUUUUGUACUGUACAUUCAAGGACCCAAUGGAAGUUUCCAGUUUUGCCAACAGUUACUAAGGCAUAAGGGUCACGUGUUCUCAUUGGUUUGUACAUAAAAUUGUCAUUUGUUUACAUGACUGUAAAAGCUUUCAAGUCUUCCUCUUCAGAUACAAUUCCUAAGGUCUCACAAUAUUUUACCUGAAAAUGUAACUUUUUGAAAUGCUGUUUAUACUAUAUAUAUAUUUCCACGUAAAUAUUUUUCUACAAUAUUUUCAUCUCGGACAUAUAUAUAUAUAUAUAUAUUUUUUUUUUAUAACAAAAGGUGUCUCGAAUUGGAGGUUGUACGUCUGCUCAUGCAUGAGGUAAUGGUUAUGUUAAGAGUGCUGACAACAUUAGUUUAAAGAAAGUGAGUGAAUUCAGCAGCAAGUACCCAGAAAGGUGGACAUUUUGGUGUCUAGUUAUUUCACCAACUUCAGAGACUAUUCAAAGGAGGGCACUUGCAAUACGGCCCAUAGAAGGGGGAGCAUGAACGAGGAUUUAAGGAUGCAUGACUGAGGCUGGUCAGUUGCUCUCAAGACCAACUCAUUUUUGAUCUGCAGUAAAUCUAUUGACAACAAA